CUCAUUUACCCACUUAUUUCAUCCCCCCCCCCCCUCCUUUCGAGCUCAGAUACAGACUUCUUCUCUCCUCCGCUCGACUCGCCGCCGCGGAUCCCUCGGAUCGAGCUUCUUUUUUCUCGUCCGCGCGACGUCCUCUCCUUUCCUUUUCUUCUCUUGACUCCACACAUCAAAUCGCCAUCAUGACUCCCCGAACCAGAAGACAAAAAGCCGCCGCCGAGCUCGAGGCUACCGACCCCUCGCCCGCUGUUAAUGGCACGCUCCGCGAGGAGCCGAAGGUGCCUGCCGAGGAGGUCCAGGAGAAUGUGUUUCUGUUUGUGCCGAAUUUGAUUGGAUACGCGCGCGUGGUCUUGACGAUGGCCUCGCUCUACUACAUGCCCCUGCACCCCCGGACGUGCUCCCUCCUCUACAGCGUGUCGUGCCUGCUGGACGCCCUGGACGGAUACGCGGCGCGCUACUACAACCAGUCCACGACGUUUGGCGCGGUGCUGGACAUGGUCACAGAUCGCUGCACGACCGCGUGUCUGCUGGUGUUCCUGAGCUCGGCGUGGCCGCGCUGGGCCAUCAUCUUCCAGAGCCUGAUCGCUCUGGACAUGGCCAGCCACUACAUGCACAUGUACGCGACGCUGAGCAUGGGUGGGUCCAGCCAGAGCCACAAGAAGGUGGAGGCGAGCCGGAGCUGGGUGUUGUAUCAGUAUUAUCACAGCCGGACCGUCCUGUUCAUCUGCUGCGCCCUGAAUGAGCUCUUCUUCAUCGGCCUGUACCUCCUGUCGUUCUCCUCGCCCAUCCUCUCGCCCUCCCUCCUGCAGCCCGCGUCGGACGCCAGCCCGUGGAGCGCGGGCGCGCUGGAGCAGGCGCGCGCCAACAAGAUCGACAGCUUCUGGCCGUGGGUGAUUACGGGCAUCUCAUUCCCGGUGAUGGCGCUGAAGCAGUUCAUCAACGUGGUGCAGCUGGUCAAGGCGAGCAAGUGGCUGGUGGAGGGCGACCUGGCCGCGCGGAACGCCCUGCGCCGGGGAAGAACUAGCUGCAUUGAGUAGGGUUCAGUCAUGGCCCAUGUUAUAAUGCCCCUGUUAUAAAGCCCACGGGCUUAUUUGUCUGGGAUCGAGAUCGGCAACGGGCAGCGACGUUACUUCUUCUUCGGGUCGUUUCGAGAGAUGAUGAUUAGUAUUAGUAUUAGUAUAUGAGGGGCACGAUACGGCAGGUGUACAGCGAGUCUGGACCGACUGAUGAGGAGUCUGGAUGGGGAUGGAUCUUCUGUUCGUGUGAUUUAAUUGGCGGGUUAGCAUUUUAAUGGUCUGCUGCAGUAGAGAUAUCCAGUAGACUGUAGGCAAACGCAAUAACACAACCCGGGUAAAACAACACGCGGCUAACCGCGGGCAGUCUAGGGCCGGCCGCGGCGCCGGUGU